AUUCACAUCAUCAAGGAUAUGCCUACUGAAUUGUCUAGUACGCAGCACAUGCGCAGACAAAUUGAGUGACAACUAUCAAACAUAGAGCCGGCCUUUUACUGACAAAGGCCUUCAGAAUUGCUCGCUCUUCUUUGGCCUGUUUUCCAUAUUCUUCACCGCUGCAAAUUGAAACAGGAACACCUGAAUCCGCACAUCUCUUGACAAACGCAACUUCAGCCCCUCAUCAACAACAUGUCUGACGACGAUGAUUUCAUGCAAGACUCUGACGCAGAGCAGUAUGACUUCGAAUAUGAAGAUGAUGACGACCUGUCGGGCUCUGGCGACGUCGACAUCGAGAACAAAUACUACAAUGCUAAACAGCUCAAAGCCGAUUCGCCUGAGGAAGCGGUAACCGAGUUCCUAGGCGUGCCGGACCUCGAGGAAGAGAAGGGAGACUGGGGUUUCAAAGGGUUCAAGCAAGCCAUCAAGCUCGAAUUCGCCCUUGGCCGAUACGAAGAUGCCAUUAAACAUUACAAGCAACUCCUCACGUACGUCAAGUCCGCUGUGACGCGCAACUAUUCCGAGAAGUCCAUCAACAACAUGCUCGACUAUAUUGAAAAAGUGGCCUCGGGCACCGACCAAUCCGCGUAUCGGUGCAUGGAAGAAUUCUACUCCCUUACGCUCGACACAUUCCAGGCCACGAACAACGAGAGAUUGGCACUGAAGACAAACGUCAAGCUAGCAAAACUGUAUCUGGACAAGCAAGACUACACAUCACUCACGAAUAAAGUGAGGGAGAUCCACAAGGCCUGCCAGCGGGAAGAUGGAACAGAUGACCCUGGCAAAGGGACGUAUUCGUUGGAAGCUUAUGCAUUGGAGAUUCAGAUGUACGCCGAGAUGAAGAACAACAAGCGUCUGAAGUCGCUGUACCAGAAGGCUCUGACGGUCCGUUCGGCCGUACCACAUCCCAAGGUACAGGGCAUCAUCCGGGAGUGCGGAGGCAAGAUGCACAUGAGCGAGGAGAACUGGAAAGAAGCACAGAGCGACUUUUUCGAGUCAUUCAAAAACUACGACGAGGCCGGAUCUAUGCAGAGAAUUCAGGUGCUGAAGUAUCUUGUGCUCACAACCAUGCUGAUGCAGUCACACAUCAACCCGUUCGACUCACAAGAGACGAAGCCCUACAAAAACGACCCGCGCAUCUCGGCCAUGACCGAUCUCGUCAAUGCCUAUGAGCGCGAUGAUAUCCACACAUAUGAAUCUAUCUUGAAGGAUAAUCAAGACCUGUUGGCCGACCCGUUCAUCGCCGAAAACAUAGAUGAGGUCAGUCGUAACAUGCGCAGCAAGGCUGUCCUGAAGCUCAUUGCCCCAUAUACGCGCUUCACUCUGCAAUUCAUCUCCAAACAUGUCAAGAUCCCUGUCAGUGAAGUUCAAGAUAUCUUGGGCGUACUGAUUGUCGACAAGAAGCUGCGAGCGAAGAUCAACCAGGAUGACGGCACUGUUGAAGUGGACACCAGUGCAGAGGACACGGUACGUUUGGCCAAGUUAUGCGACUGGACUUCAGCGAUUGACGGCAUGUGUUCGGCACUUCUGAACGAGGGCGAGGGUUUCAGGAGCGAAGAAGCACAGGGAUCAGGCUCUUUCGGUGGACUAAUGAAUUACCCCAUGGCAAAUGAUUCUGGUAAUGCCAUUCCUAGCCGUGGAUCAGGUCACCGAACUCGCGGAGCUCGCGGAGGGCGAGGAGGUGGGAAGGCACUUGUGCCGCCUGUUUGAGAGAAAAUGCGGCGAGGAAGAAGCGAAGCCACCGAACUACGGAUGUCGAAGUAGAAGCCGCGGUUGGGCCUUGGAUGUGCCAGCGUCGGGUGACUCACUUCACUGGCCCUUGUCAAGGUCGACCGACAUAUUCGCCCCCCUUUGCCGACAACAUGCCAAUCCGGGUGAUGGGAAGCAGAAAUUUGUGGCGUUGGGCAAAUGAUGCGUUUUAUGUCAAACCGGGCGCAAUGUGAUAGGCAGGAAGUCUGGGACCUGCAGCACCCAUGCUCGAAAGAUUGGUUGCACCCGAGCCGGGCCUUUUACCCAGCACAAAGGUUCAAGUGCUCAAGGGGGAAGGGCGAUUCAUUGACGUUUGCUGUCAAGUGAUAUGGGUCAAGGGGUGAGACUGACAUUGGACGACCGAUGAGGCCUGGCAGCCGCCCAUAUGCGGUGUUUGUAUGUACGAUUCUAGGAAAAGACCGCCAGAAUAAUUGUAGCCCGGCAUAUGGGUGUGAAAAGUAGGUCCAGAAGAAAUUGACUUUGCU